AUGCGCGACACCGUCCGGGACAGCGACGCCGGCUCUGGCCUCCUAUCAAUGAGCGCGCUGUGCUGGGUGGUGAAGAGGAUGGAUCGCCUUACCGGCGACGACCGUCGCAGUGCGACCAGCAUGGACAAGGUCCUCGUUUCGGGGUUGAAGGAGCAGCGGAUUCGGAUGAUGACAUACAUCAAGGAACACGUCGCACGCAGACGGUCAGGCCAUGUCGGAGUUGGUGCCGAUGCCUGUGAUGACGACGCCGAGGAGCCCCCUUCGGCAUCCCAAGCAGUCGGUGUCGCCGACACCAGCGGAGAGGCCGGAGACGGCGUCGACAAGGCAGAUGAGGAGGCAGAAAGGGCUGUGGCGAGGACAGCGGAUCAGGAAAAGGAGGAGGAGGAGGAUGACACCGACGAUCAGGAUGAUAACGAGGAGGAUCGUGAGGAGCGUGAGCAGGGGCAUGGGCAGGAGGAGGAGGAGGAGGAGGAGGAGGAGGAGGAGGAGGAGGAGGAGGAGGAGGAGGAGGAGGAGGAGGAGGAGGAGGAGGAGGAGGACGAGGAGGAGGGGGAUGAGGAGGAGGAUGAGGCGGACAAGGAGGCGGCGGCGGCGGAGGCCGUGGAGCAAAGUUUCGGGUCGGUGGAGCAGGUGGCGGAGGGGGAGAAGCAGCAAGAGGGGGAGGAGGAGGUAGAGUUCCCCUGGGUCGAAUUCGAUGCGGAGGAUGUUGAGGGAGCGGCGGCGGUGGCCGUGGAGGGAGCGGCGGCGGCCGUGGAGGGAACGGGUGGGAUGUCGGCGGAUGUUGUGUACGUGCGAGGGGAGGGUGCCGAUGCGGAGAAUGUCGGCGUGGAGGAGGCGCACGUGGUCGGCAAUGUGGUUGGCGACGCGAAGGAGGAGGAUAACGUCGCGGCCCCGACGCCGACGGGCGUGGAGACCACCACAGGGAACGCAGGGGUGGAACGCCGGGGUGGAGCGGUAGAGGCGGGCCGUCAACCGGGUUCCUCAGCAGCUGGUCGGCAGGCAACGCCGGCCGUCGUCGCGCAGCUGCGACAGGAGAACAUGUGGCUGAGGGCAGAAAAUGCUCGACUCGAGACGGCGCUCGGAGUGGAGAGGGGUCGGGUGGACAGGUUCGUGAUGGGGAUUGGCCACCUCGUGGACAAGCUCAGGUCGUUGGCCGACCAGGUCGCCGCCUCCGACCAGGACGCGUCGAGUUGGCUGAUGGACGCGUCCUUGACCAUGGUGACGACCGUGACGGAGAACAUCACCGCCAACAUGGGUGAAGCAUGGGAGGCGAUGAAGGCGUACGCCGAGAGGGCGGAGAGCUGGUUGGACGAUCUAGAGAAUCCGGAGGGGUUUGUGGCGGUGCAACGUGCGAACGCGGUCGUCGCCCUGGGCAACCACGUGGACGAAGCGAGGAAGGGAUUGGAGGAAUACAUAUCGAAGCACCUAGUCGCCGCGCAGACCAACAUCGCCGCCGCGGUAACUCAACGCGUCGCCGUCCCGCCGCCCACGCAGCCCGCCCCACCGCCAGCCAUCCCGGACGAGCUCAUGAAGUCUUUCAAGGCGGACGUGUUGAAGGCGGUGACUGAGGCCACCCAGCAGUCGUUUGCUGCGUCCGGGUUAAACCUCAUGACCCAGGUGAUCGGCCAUCUGGCGCCUGGUCGGCAUGCGUCGUCGCCGUCGGACAACGAGGCCGACAAGAAGGGUGCGAAAAGGGCGGGCGGCGGAGAUGAUGCGUUGAGCUCGAAGCAGAGCAAGGGAGCCGAUGGGAGCCGCGGCGUCGGCCAGGCGGGUCCAGGCGGCUCGCGGGGCAAGGGAGCCGAUGGGAGCGGAGGUACGAGCGUGGUCGACCCGCUGAAGAAGAACGGGGCCAAGGUGAUAAGGACGCACAGCAAGGGCGAUGGAAUCAGGAGUGCGGAGGGGGGCCCUGCCGACCAGGUUGCCGCUCAAGAGGUUGGACCAACAGCCCCGCCAUUGGUCGCCGAGAAGCCGGCCAGUCUAGCGACCGCACCAACGGCGAUAGAUGGCGGCGCCAAAACCGUCAAGGGACCGUCCGUCGGAGUGGCGGGGACCACGUCAAUCCCCCGCAAACCCCCUGCGGCUAGCAGCGCGCCGGUCGCCCCGUCAGCCGCCAACAACGAUGGGCCGUCCCUUGCGGCUACUCCAGCACAAGCAGGCACGUCUGCCGCCAAGGUUGACGCGGUGGAUGCUGCGGCUAACUGCGCUGGUCCGUCCGCCCCAAAGGCGAACGCGCUCAGGGAGAUGCUCGGCCGCAUGGAGACCCAUCGACAGGACGUGCAGCAGCCUCCCGUGGUCGGUACCGCGCCGGCCACAACAGCACGUCGCUCGGUCACUCCCCAGGUCGCCGCCACAACGUCCAGUGCCCCACCUAGCGCGCCUAUCAUCGCCGCCCGUCCUCCUGUGGACCCAAAGUCCGCGUUGCUUCGCGCCCGGUUAGGCGCACGUAUUGCGGCUGCGCCAGCACGGGCUCAGCCGGUAUCCAGCUCAUGCGCGUCGCCGACGUCGGUGACCGUAGCUGCACACACACUUGGUGCGGCUACUAUCGAGGCGGUGGCGGAGAAGGGCGUGAGUGCAGCGCUAGCCACGGGCAGCAGAUCAGUUGACCCUGCACAGGCGGCGAAGGACCACAACGACGCCGAUAUCGCUGCCAUCCAGGACCUGUUGGAAGCGGUAAACCGCCCCAAGCAGCCCCCUGUGCUGGCCAUCUUGGACUCGGCGAGUCCCACCGGCUGUACAGCGGAGCCAAAGACGACCACUGCUGCGGUCGGAGCGAGAAAGUCGAAACGGAAGGGGACGGUCGACGCAGGGAAAGCGAGGCCGAGCUCGAAGAAGAAAACACGGGCGACAUCAGCGAUGGUGAAGUCGGUGCAGAAAGGACAGGGGAUGUCGACGGCGAUGUUGGAGAAGGAGAAGGAGGAGGAGAUGGAGAAGGAGGAGAAGGAGAAGGAGAAGAAGGAGGAGAAGGAGAAGGAGAAGGAGGAGAAGGAGAAGGAGGAGAAGGAGAAGGAGAAGAAGGAGGAGGAGGAGAAGGAGAAGGAGGAGAAGGAGAAGGAGAAGGAGGAGGAGGAGGAGAAGGUGGAGGAGGCGGAGGUGGGGGAGGAGGAGAAGGAGAAGGAGGAGGAGGAGAAGGAGGAGGAGGAGGAGGAGAAGAAGCUGGAGGAGGAGGAGGCGGCGAUGGAGGAGGAGAAGGUGAAGGUGAAAGUGAAAGAACGGAAGGGUCAUGGCAUCCGCCACGACACCACGGGCGACAAGCAAGGGUGGGUGGGCGAGAUUAAGGUGGUCGGGAACGAGAGCAGAUACAUCGGCAAGUCCCGCGACAAGAUGGAGCUGGCGUACCUUCACUCGAUUGUGUACCUCCUGUACGACGGUUACGUCAGCAAGAUCCUCAUGGCCGAGCUCACCGGCUUGGAGGAAACAGUGAUGAAGCAGUGGAGGGCGGUGUGGAAGGAAGUCCGGUUCUUGCCGACUGGGAUGUGGACGGUGAUAUGGGCACGGGGCGCGUUCCUCCCCAAGACACGGUUCGAUGAUAUCCUCGGGAAGUAUCGAGCGUACAAGACAUCAGGCGAUGCGCACCACGAUGCGCUUUUGCCCGCGAUCUGGUUCCCCGUCGAUGCCGACAAGUCGGAUGCAAUGAUGUCGGCCAUGAUUGAUCGCGUGUCCAUGUGCGCGGCGUAUGGGAUGGUCGCUGCAUCCGCGGCGAGAAUGGAGGGCGACACGGAUCAGAAGACGGCGAAGGUCGCACAGGCGCUGUCGGCCUCCGCUUGCGCCCUGUGGUGCUUAGUCGAUGGCGACGACGCCCAGGUGGCUGAUGCCGUCCGCGAAGGGAAGGCGGCGGCGAUGUUGGUCGGCGCCAGCGAGACUACCGCCGCCGAGUUCAAGAAGGUCAUGACGGCGGUGCUGGAGGCCGCGAUCAGCAGGCAGCAGCCCCUUGGGGAGGUUGCGCACAACGUCGCACCGGCGCUGGAGUCCACCGCUCUGGCCCAAGCCUAUCCGGGGUUGGAUGUUGAAGCCGAGGCCAAACUGAUCGCACGAGCGACGGUGGAAACCCUCGCGUUCUGGGGAAUGUGCUCCGUGGAUGGGCCGAAACUCAGGAAGAUCGGCAUCGCGGUGCCGCUUGACGCGCAGAUGGAGUACGACAUCGAACACAGGGGGAGGAAGAGGCCGAGGGGCAAGCAUGGCAAGGACAGCUCGAGGAAGAAGGGGAAGAAGGGCAGAGCGGGCAAGGACAGCACGGCGGCGUAG